ACCAUGAAGAGUGACUUCCUCACUUCCACAACUCACCUCCACCCUUCAAUCUCUCUUCCCAAAAUACCCUCAAGAAAAUCAACAAUAAAGUGCUCAUCUUUACCCGGAGUCCGACCCGACCCGUGGUCACUCAGCGACGGCAACCCGGAGAGACCAAAGCCAAGAUACGAGAGGCCAAAACACCCUUUAUCAGACGACGACGCGAGGAGAAUCAUAAAGAAGAAAGCACAGUACCUCAGCACCUUGAGGAGGAACCAAGGCUCACACGCCAUGACUCCCAAGUGGAUCAAACGCACCCCUGAGCAGAUGGUUCAGUAUCUUGAAGAUGAUAGGAACGGGCAGAUGUACGGGAAGCACGUGGUGGCUGCGAUUAAGAAAGUGAGAGGCUUGUCUCAGAGGAGAGAAGGUGGUGAUAUGAGAGUGGUGAUGGGUAGCUUCGUUGCGAAGUUGAGUUUUAGAGAUAUGUGUGUUGUUUUGAAAGAGCAGAGAGGGUGGAGACAAGUCAGAGACUUCUUCGCUUGGAUGAAACUUCAGUUGAGCUACCGUCCAAGUGUAGUUGUCUACACGAUUGUUCUGCGUUUGUAUGGACAAGUCGGGAAGAUAAAGCUAGCCGAGGAAACAUUUCUGGAGAUGCUUGAAGUGGGAUGUGAACCUGAUGCAGUAGCCUGUGGUACAAUGCUGUGCACAUACGCCAGGUGGGGACGGCAUAACGCUAUGUUAACGUUCUACAAAGCUAUUCAAGAAAGGAGAAUAACCCUCUCUACUUCUGUCUACAAUUUCAUGCUCUCUUCUCUUCAGAAGAAGUCACUUCAUGAUAAAGUGAUUGAUCUAUGGUUAGAAAUGGUUGAGAGAGGUGUGCCGCCGACUGAGUUCACGUAUACAUUGGUUGUGAGCUCAUAUGCUAAACAAGGUUUCAACGAGGAUGCAUUGCAGGCGUUUGGUGAGAUGAAGAGCUUAGGUUUUGUCCCUGAGGAAGUAACUUACAGUUCGGUUAUUAGCUUAAGUGUGAAGGCUGGUGAUUGGGAUCAGGCUGUUAGAUUGUACGAGGAUAUGAGAUCGCUAGGAAUCACUCCGAGUAACUAUACAUGUGCUUCUAUGUUGAGUUUAUAUUACAAAACUGAAAAUUACCCGAAAGCUCUCGCUCUCUUUGCAGACAUGGAACGGUUUAAAAUACCAGCUGAUGAGGUCAUCCGCGGGUUGAUCAUCAGAAUAUAUGGGAGGCUUGGACUUUUCCAUGAUGCAGAGACGAUAUUUGAAGAGACUCAACGUCUGAAUAUACUCUCUGAUGAGAAAACGUAUUUGGCAAUGUCUCAAGUCCAUCUGAAUUCGGGGAAUGUUGCUAAAGCAUUAGAUGUUAUUGAGAUGAUGAAGAACAGAGAUAUUCCCAUUUCUAGAUUUGCCUAUAUUGUUAUGUUACAGUGUUACGCUAAGAUACAGAACGUAGACUCUGCUGAGGAUGCGUUUCGAGGUUUAUCAAAGACUGGACUUCCUGAUGCUAGUUCUUGUAACGACAUGCUCAGUUUGUAUACUAGACUCAGUUUAGGAGAGAAAGCUAAGGGGUUUAUCAAGCAGAUAAUGGCUGAUCAAGUGCACUUUGAUGUAGAGCUUUACAAGACGGUUAUGAGAGUGUAUUGCAAGGAGGGAAUGGUAGCAGAAGCUCAAGAGCUGGUGGAGAAAAUGGGUAGAGAGGCUGUGGUUAAGGAUAACAGAUUUGUACAAACACUUGCAGAGGCUAUGCAUAGUGAAAGAAGUAAGGAUAAACAGGAAGCAGUUAUAAACGUGAGUCGACUUGAUGUCACGGCUCUUGGAAUGCUGCUCAAUUUGCGACUAAAAGAAGGAAACCUGAAUGAGACUAAAGGAAUCUUGAGUUUAAUGUUCAAGACUGAUCUUGGUUCAGCAACUGUUAACAGAGUUAUAAGUAGCUUUGUUAGAGAAGGUGAUAUAUCUAAAGCAGAAAUUCUUGCGGAUUUGAUUAUCAGACUAGGACUCAGUAUAGAGGAGGAAACAGUUGCGACUUUGAUUGCUGUAUAUGGGAAGCAACAGAAGCUUAAAGAGGCCAAACGGCUUUACCUUGCAGCAGGAGAGUCUAAACCUCAGGGGAAAUCUGUUAUAAACUCAAUGAUUGAUGCUUAUGUCAGAUGUAGCUGGCUUGAAGCUGCGUAUAGACUCUUCAUGGAAUCAGCAGAAAAGGGCUGUGACCCUGGUCCUGUUACCAUCAGCAUACUUGUGAAUGCCUUAACAAAUCGAGGGAAACACAGAGAAGCAGAAGAUAUAUCACAGACCUGCCUUGAGAAAAACAUGGAGCUUGACACCGUGGGCUAUAAUACCCUUAUCAAGGCAAUGCUAGAAGCAGGUAAACUGAAGUGUGCAUCUGAAAUAUAUGAGCGGAUGUGUAACUCAGGUGUUCCUUGUUCGAUUCAGACCUACAACACAAUGAUCAGUGUGUACGGGCGGGGUCAGCAGGUGGACAAAGCAAUUGAGGUUUUUAACAGUGCUCGCCGAUCCGGACUGUAUCUGGACGAGAAAAUAUACACAAAUAUGAUCAUGCAUUAUGGGAAGGCUGGAAAGAUGAGUGAGGCAUUGGCGUUGUUCAGUGAAAUGCAGAAGAAAGGGAUUAAACCUGGAACGACUAGUUACAACAUGCUGGUGAAAAUAUGUGCAACCAGAGGACUCCAUCACGAGGUUAAUAAACUUUUGCAAGCAAUGGAGAGAAAUGGCCAUUUUACCGACAACUCAUCCACAUACCUCUGCUUAAUUCAAGCCUAUGCCGAGAGUUCACAGUACGAAGAAGCAGAGAGAAUGAUAACUCUCAUGCAAGAGAAAGGCAUUUCACUUUCUCAAAUCCAUUUGAGUCCAUUACUCUAUGCUUUUGUCAAAGCUGGAAUGAUGGAUGAGGCAAGAAGGAUCUACUACAAGAUGUCGGAAGCUGGUAUAAGUCCAGACAGCGCUUGCAAGCGCACAAUCCUAAAGGGGUACAUGAACUGUGGUGAAGCCGAGAAAGGAAUAUUGUUGUAUGAGAAAAUGAUGAGAAACUCUGUGGAAGAUGACAGGUUUGUCACUAGAGUUGUACAAGAUCUGUAUAAUGUUAUAGGUAAAGAACAAUAGUUUCUGUAUAAACCCUUUUAUCUUGAAGUAGAUGUAUCAGCCUAUCAGGUAUGUGUAGAAAGUUUUGAACUGGGACCUAUAUACAUACAGACUACAGCUGUGUCAUAUUGUGAUGUAACAUAAAUGUAAUACAUUAAAAACACAAGGGUUGCAUUGCAACCCUCUUUAAAAUUAGAAUAA